CAGAGAAGGGGUGGCGGGUCUCCAGGAUUAGGCGCCAGGUCCCACUUUUGAAUCAUCUUUCCACAGGAACCAGAGACCACGAAAUGGGCCGGAGACCGUUGAGGCGAUGAAGAAGGUGCUUCGGCAGAGUGGCGCUCAGUUGCUCCGACCCAAAAGUCCACAAGCACCCUCUACGGACGCAAGGCCAAAGGGCCAGGCUGCCUCCUCACAGCGUCAACUGCCCGUACCCUUUCUAUUACGCCUCAUUUUACUCUUGACAACUCUUUUUCACAGUCUCCGGAAUCCAGGUGCGGCCAGCCUCGCCAGAGCCCACGUUUGACUUGACAGAGAGCACGUUUGACAGGACUUGACUAAGCGGGCGCCAGCGAGGCCGUCUCACCGCCCACGUGACGUGAGGUGUCCUGCAUUUGUUCUAACGCUACAGAUUAUGAGUUCAAAAACCUGGGCUCAUCUCAAUCUGACCAACGACCCGGCUUCAGGGUCUAGCUGUCUCCCCAAAUUCCUCCCUUAACAAGGUCUCCACUCCACUUUCCCAGGGAGGCGCAGCCGGAAGGGGCGGGCCUUCCGCCCGGAAGCGGGGCUCCCGUCACUAUGGCUUCUCGUGGGGUUGUUGGUAUUUUUCUACUCUCUGCUCUCCCCCUCUUGUGUCUGGAGCUCCGGCGUGGGAUACCAGAUCUGGGAAUCAAAGAUCUAAUUUUGCUGUGUGGCCGGAUUUUCCUACUGCUUGCUCUUCUUACAUUAAUUAUUUCUGUGACUACCUCAUGGGUUAACUCGUUUAAACCUUCCCAAGUUUAUCUGAAAGAAGAAGAAGAGAAGAACGAGAAAAGGCAAAAACUUGUGAGGGAAAAACAACAAGAGGCACAGGGUGAAAAGGUCAGCAGAUACAUAGAGAAUGUUCUAAAACCUAGCCAGGAAAUGAAAUUGAAAAAGCUGGAAGAACGCUUUUAUCAGAUGACGGGUGAAACCUGGAAGUUAAGCAAUGGUCAUAAACUUGGGGGUGAUGAAGAUUUGGAGCUUGACAGUGAGAGUCAGACAUCUUUUGAAACAUCAAACAGAGAAGCAGCAAAGAGACGGAACUUGCCCAAGCCUGUAACCAACGUUUCACCACCCGCUGAGCAGCCCACGAAGAAGAAGGUUCUUGAUUUACCUGAAGAACCUCCUGAAACAGCUGAAGAAGUCGUGACUGUAGCUCUCCGCUGUCCAAGUGGGCGUGUCCUGAGGAGAAGGUUUUUCAAGUCUUGCAGUUCACAGGUCUUGUUUGACUGGAUGAUGAAGAUUGGGUAUCGCACAUCCCUAUACAGCCUUUCUACUUCCUUUCCCAGAAGGCCUCUGGAAGUGGAGGGAGGCUGGUCACUGCAGGACAUUGGAAUAACUGUGGAUACUGUACUCAACGUGGAAGAGAAGGAGCAGAGCAGCUAGUUAAGAAAUGCCAACUAGCUGUUUUACAUGAAAUCAGUUACACCAUGAUCUUACAGGACAAUAGAGGAUUCACAUUAAAAUCAUGCCAUACGUUGAUUGAGCUCAAGGCCAUACACAUUUCAAUGUUGAUCUCCAUGGAAAUGUAUGGACAUAAAGUAUUAGAAAAGGAUUGCUUUCUACAUAUAAUAAUCUGGGAGUGUGCCAUUUUACAAUGUACCAAAUGAGGAUGAGAUAGAAAUGUAUACAGUAAGGUGCUCACUAAUUUGUAUUUUCCCAGCUGACGUCAUUUAUCAGUUUCUUCUUUCAGCGUGCCUUGCCAUAGUGAACAUUUCACCACUCAAACUCUUUAAGGUCUUCUAAGUAGGAAUGUUUAGUCUGCUGUAUUUCUAGAAAUUAAACUUUGAAAAUGUUUCAAAGCUC